AUGUCUUCUGUUGUGGUAUGGGAAACUUACGACGAGCCUUGUGUCGCAGUAGGUUGGUGGCAGGUGUGCGAGAAGCAAGCUGCGUUCGUCCACAACCAGAAGGUCCUGAAGAAUAUUGACCAGGAAUAUGAAUUAGCCAUCACAGACGAGGUUGAAGAGAUACUGAAAGCACCAGACGCAGUGGACAAAAUCGGCGUGCUGAACAGAGCGCACGACAGACUGAAACGAGAAGCCUUAUCAAAACUUGGAAAUGCUCCUGUCAUGGGGAACAGAAUGAAUGAACUUCAAGAACAGUUGUCCCAGAUGAUCGACGUUUUCUACGCGAAAUGCAAGAAGCCAAUUGUGUUCCUGGCAAAGGAACCAAAGAUGAUGCGAAAGCAACGUGCAGCUGAGUCCCAAUUCAAGGAGCACAAGAAAAAGAUGGAAGACUUCCAUAGGCAGACUGGUGACACUGAAGAGGAUUCUGAUGAGGAGGCAUUAUAUUGGAAGCAAGCCAUUAAUAAGAUGGAAGACUUCCAUAGACAGACUGGUGACACUGAAGAGGAUUCUGAAGAGGAGGCAUUAUAUUGGAAGCAAGCCUUUAAUAAGGGUUCUGAUUUUUGCACAAACGCAAAGAGAGAUGUCAUCGCCAGGCACAUGAAACAGCAAGGAGUUCUUCUGGAGAAGGAGGAUAAGAAGAAAUAUGCCUGUGCACUCGCCACCACCAAUAUUUUUCGGAAAAUCCUGAUAGCCGUUUGCAAACGUGUUGCUCCUCCUCUAUUGUCCAUGCUUUUACCGGCGAUUGCCUUCUGAUCUGCGUGAAGCUCGUGGAAAGUACUCUCAUUGCUAAUAAAGGUUACUUUACCACACCGUGUA